CCAAGCCACACACACGCGGGGUCCCUCAAGCACUCCAGAGCCUACCACAGUGAAAGAAGAGGUAGACAUUAAGAAACAUUGGACCUCUGCUGGUUUCAAGUGAAGAAGAAGGAUGUGUCUGACUCUUAUCUUUUGUCUCCCUCUCAACUAACACAAAUAGUUGCCAAUGCCAUUUUGUGCGCCGAUGCCAAUACGCGCAAGAGGACUGUUGGCAGGGGUCAUCAUCUUCAAGCAGAAAAACCAAGGACUCCACAUAGUUAGCGAGGUUCAACCAUUAUAGUUUCAUUAGUAUCAAAGAUUAAUGAAAAGAAGAGGUAUAUCAUUGAAUACUCGGUCUCUCACCGGUCGGAGAGUGGUAUACACCGUACCCUAUCUGUCAGCGAGUCGCAUAUAGGAAGGCAUCAAGCUCGGAAUUGACGAUAACGAAUUCGCAAUUUUUCACAAAAACGUAAUCCGUUUGAGAAAACGCUUCAACGAUUGCACCCGCGCACGUGAAUAUUAAAGGACGAUUUGGCAGCAUCUCAGGUGUUUCACGGGCUCAAGAGGUGACAGGAGACGGACAACUGACCCAUCCGCGUGCUUCUCAUCCUGCCUUUCAGCUCACACACAAACGCAUAGGCUGCACUGUUUGAACUUCAGUUGCAUUAACCAGAAGUUACGUUUGGAGGAAUUGAGAAAAAGUUAGAUUAUUGGUUAUCAGAGAACGAUCACCACGGUGCAAGCCGACUCCAAGUGUUGUUCACCGGGCGAUGCCAGAGUAAAUGCCGGGGCCAUGUCCCGUCGCAAGCAAGGGAACCCGCAGCACUUAUCGUUGUCACUGAGAGAAACAAUACGGCCCGAGGCCAACCAUGAGUCGGGGGCGGGAUCCGUGUCUCCGGCGCCGUCCAAUCCCAGCCCUCGGCGGGCGGGGCCUGGCGAGCAUGACCUGCUGACCUGCGGCCAGUGCCAGACCAACUUCCCCCUGGGAGACAUCCUGGUCUUCAUCGAGCACAAGAGGAGGCUGUGCCGCGGCGCUGCGGGCCCUCCAGGCUGCUUCUCCAAGCCGGGGGAGAACGGCAGUCCCGUGUCCCCCAGGGGGAGGCUGGUGCUGGGCAGGGGGGCCGUGCCUGUGGAGGUGGGCAUCCAGGUGACGCCCGGCGGAGAGGAGGAGGAGAGGAGGAUGACCCCCGCCAAAGGAAUCUGCCCCAAGCAGGAGAGGGGGAACGCAGGUAAAGAUGAGCCUUCUAGCUACAUCUGCACCACCUGCAAGCAGGCAUUUGCCAGCGCCUGGUUCCUGCUCCAGCACGCCCAGCACACCCAUGGUAUCCGCAUCUACCUGGACACGCACCCCUCCAGCAUGUCCCUCACCCCCCGCAUGGCCCUCCCUCCUCCUCCGGGGGUCGAAGGCCUCCCCCGCUCCCCCAUGCCCACCUUCCUGGGGGACACCUCCAACCCCUUCCACCUGCUCCGCAUGGCGGCCCCCCUCCUCCGGGACCACGGUCCUCCCCCGGGGUACUUGGAGGCCCGCCUGCCCGCCACGCCGCCCUUCGUCAGCCCCCCUCCGCCCCCGAGGCACCCCCUGGAGCGGCUGGGCCCGGAGGAGAUGGGGCUGCUCUCCCAGCACCCCAGCGCCUUUGAGCGGGUGAUGCGCCUGACCCCCAUGGAGCCGCCCUCCAUGGACUUCUCCAGGCGGCUGAGGGAGCUGGCGGGCAACACGGCCAACAACGGGGGCCCCACGCCCCCCCUCUCGCCCACCCGCGUCCCCUCCAUGCACCGUCUGCUCAGCCCCACGCUCUUUCAGCCGGGCUCCAAGCCCCCCGCCUUCCUCAGCUACCCCCCCCAGCCCCCCACUCCUCAGAGGAGCGCGAGCAGCCCCUCCCAGGGCCAGAACCAGGCCCAGGCCAAAUCCAAGUCCUGCGAGUUCUGCGGGAAGACCUUCAAAUUCCAGAGCAACCUGAUUGUUCACAGGCGCAGCCACACGGGAGAGAGGCCCUACAAGUGUCACCUGUGUGACCAUGCCUGCUCCCAGGCCAGCAAGCUGAAGAGACACAUGAAGACCCACAUGCACAAGUCUGGCUCCAUGGGCAGCUCACCCGAACAGGGGAUGAGAGGCGAGGGAGGAGAGGGGGAUGAGAAGAGCAGAGAGGGAGACGGCAGGGGGGCGGAGAACGAUGAGGAGGAGGAAGAGGAGGAGGAGGAGGAAGAGGAGGAGGAAGAAGACGAGGAAGAGCUGAGAAACGGCAGCAGGCCAGAGUCCAACCUGAGCGAGGACUCCGAGUUUGGCCGAAGCAGGGAGCACAGACCCAGGACGGCCCCAGAGGACAAGCCCCUGGAGGGGGAGAGAAGGGCAGAGAGUGUAGUGGGGGGCAUCAUGCUCCCAUAUAACCACCUGGAGAAUCAUCUGAGACUGAACCCCAACAAGAGAAGCCUGGAGAGGCAGCCAAAUGGGGAGGGAGGGGAGGGGAGGGAGGGAGACUCAGGGAGGGGCGAGACGGAGCGGGUCCAGGAGAGAGAGAGGGAGGGGAGGCCCGUCAUGAACGGCAGGAUCAGCGCAUCAGAAGACUCCUUCACCGGGCUGUUCCACCGCAGACCCACCCCCAUCACCAGCCCCAACCCCAACAACAACAAGAGGAUCAAGGUGGAGAAGGAGCUGGAACUGCCCCCGGUCCCGCUCAUAUCCCCAGAGAACGUGUACUCCCAGCUGCUGGCUGGCUACGCCGCCUCCCGCCACUUCAUCAGGGAGCCCUUCCUGGGCUUCACAGACGCUCGCCAGUCGCCCUUCGGCACGUCCUCCGAGCACUCGUCCUCUGAGACAGGCAGCCUGCGCUUCUCCACCCCCCCUGGAGAGCUGCUGGAGGGCGGGGGCGCCUCGGGGCGCAGCGGCAGCAGCACCCCUCACCUCCUGCGGGGUCCCGGGCCGGGGCGACCCCCCAGCUCCAAGGAGAACCGCCGCAGCGACACGUGCGAGUACUGCGGCAAGGUGUUCAAGAACUGCAGCAACCUGACGGUGCAUCGGCGCAGCCACACGGGGGAGCGGCCCUACAAGUGCGACCUGUGCAGCUACGCGUGCGCCCAGAGCUCCAAGCUGACGCGCCACAUGAAGACCCACGGGCAGUUUGGGAAGGAGGUGUACCGCUGCGACAUCUGCCACAUGCCCUUCAGCGUCUACAGCACCCUGGAGAAACACAUGAAGAAGUGGCAUGGAGAACACUUGAUGUCCAACGAGGUGAAACUGGAGCAGGCCGAUCGAGGCUGAGCCCUGGGUUCUGUAGGCCGUGUCAGAGACUCAGAAGCCGUUCCCUCUCCUUCGUUAUGGGACUUGGCUGGAUAAUCUUUCUCCUCAAUAAUUUUGAGACAAUUUCAAUGUUUUUUCCUUUCUUUUUUUCACUGUCACAGAAACUGCCACCUGAGAAAUGUAAACAAAGGGAAACUUUAAGGAGACGUCAUCUGAUACGCCUAAUUUAGUGUUUCCUGGAAACCGUAUGAGGAUUCGCUCAUUGCUGGAUUUGUGGAGCCUUUCUACUGUGCAAUAAUUUCUGUAUUUAUUGGAUUUUUUGUAAUAUUUUGCAUGUGCAGGUGCAUCUUUGUGGGGUUUCAUAUGGACUUAGUUUUAAAAAUGUGCUAAAACGUUUUCUAAAAAUGAUAACUGGAAAUCUAGUCACCCUGAAAUAGAAAGUAGAUUUUGUUUAAAAUUUUAUUUUCCUGUAAGGAAUCUUGUCAUAUCCUGUAAGAGUGUUUGUGUGAAGCGGUCAACUCCUAAAAGUAAUGAUAGAUGUUUUCUAGAUCUUCUUAGGUCAACCCCGCGGAUAACAAUCCAUAUUCUUACAGACAUGAAGCACUGAAUGUCAAUUAUGACAAAAAAUAUAUAUCAAAUAUACAUUUUGGGAUUUAAAAAAUCCUAUGUAGUCUUGGGAAUCUAAAAAGGGGUACAGUCAAUUUUAUAAAUGACAAAUUGUCACUCUUAAAAUCAGCAUGUGCACUGCAAAUGUACAGCAACUGCAACAGUAAUACUGCCGCUGCAAAUCCUGUCCCAGUUUGGAAACAUGAGGAGGGCACGUGAUUCUCUAAGACACAUGUAAGAGAACACCACACUGGGGAUAUUUAAGAUUUAAAAAAAGUUUUUUAAUCUAAUUGUUGGGAAAGAGAACAGUCCUGUAAUUUGUUUAUGCCAUGUAAAUAUUUCAUUUUGUUAAAACAAUUAAGAGAAGAGAGAUUAUGCCCAAACACCAUUUCCAUUCUGAAGGGGCACUGUACUAAAACAAUCAGGGGAAGAAGCUUUUUGUGUUGUCUAUCUGUCCUGAGUAAAAAGUAUGUACAAUGUCGUUUUAGAAGACUCACCAGAAGACAGCAAUACCGAUCUUCUCUAAAGCGCUUCCUAAGGCUACGCUGUUUACAUCGGACACGACUAUAGAGACUGGUCCCCCUACGACACCUGAGUGUGUUUAAUCAAAGCCAAUCCAUUCCAUUAGAUUCAAACGUACCACUUCAUCUUCAUCUUCGUACAUACAUUCCACUUCAGAAAAAAAAUCUGUAUGUAUGUGAAUUUCUUUUUGACUUGGGUGACUCCUCGUAUCCCCUCAGGAUUUGCCGAACGGUUUCGAAUGAAAUUCCUCAUCAGCGCGUGUAUUUCAUCUGCGUGUGCUCUAAGCCUUUAGCCGACGGUGUAUUUUCACAGUUCAGUAACUCAGAUUUCGUGUAUUAGAGCUGCUUUGGAAACGGGAGACUGUUCAUUCCCCCACUCAGAGUGAUGUGGAUUUAACUCUCCAAUAAUAGAUUUGGAGACACUAAGGUGUGUUCGUGACUUUUAGGGUUUACAAUCGUUUUUCGUCCCUCCCUGCAUUUUUGUGAAAUGAAUAAAAAAAAAAAAAUGCUGGCUGAGUUAUGGUAAUUUCCGACACAGCAGCUUUGAGUGAUGACCAUGUGAUCUUGGGUUCUGAUUAGAUCAUUCUACUGGUGAAAAUGUAAGAUUGAAAGAAAGAAAUGAAAGACAGGCAGGCAGAAACACAGAAAGAAAGAGUGAUAGAGCGAUAAAGACCGAAGGGGAGAGACCUGAGUAAGGGUCAAAGCCAUUCAAAUGAAAUUGAAAGCUUAUGAAAAGUGUGUUUUUACCCAAAUGCAAGUCCACUGGUCAGAUCUGAUUGAAGGGAAUGACAGAGAGAGGACGAACAUUAAGCGAGAUUGAAGUUACAUCUACCAUCUUUAUGUAGCGUAAGUGCUUGCCUAUCAGGCUUGCUCAGUUGUUUCAUAGGACAGCUAUCUCUGACCCUAUUCACCAGGUAGAUAUCUUUACAUCUCAGAUAUUGACUAAUCUAGCAAACUUAACUUUUAGAGCUUUAUUUUAUGAUAUCAUUCGAUUUGACAGACAAUAGUCUUCUAUAUCAAAUUACUGUUGGAGGGCAAAAUGACACCUUGAUACCUUCUCAGAAUGAAUUAGGUUGACUGAGGAGAUGGAAAACAGUUGGGGGGUAAAAACAGGUUUUUAGCCUCCACAAAAACAUGCUUAUCUGAGUACAUUACUAUUAGCAAAAACUUGUGUUGUGGUGCACUUAAUUUAACUUGACUUAAAGCCAAUUCAACGAAAUAUGGACCCAAAUCAAACACACAUUAAUUAUAUUAAAAUAUGUUUAAGUAAUCUAUACUAUUGACCCAGGUCUGGUAGCCUGUAAAUGAGUCUGAAUGCCUCUGAGAACAGCUAUGCAUUAAUUCUGCCCACCAAGGAAGAGUUGAACUUUGACCCAUUGCACUGCUGACAGUGAAUAGGAGAAAUUCUAAACAAACCAGAAAGUUAAUCCAUACAAGGACAUGCAGUCUUACGAUAUGUUUACAGUGCUGAAGUAUGCCAUUGACAAAAUCCUUUGUGUGUUUGAAAUGAUAAAAGUAUUAUUCUUACUUUCAAUGAUUUUGGUUUCAGAUGUUUUGUGAACGCCAUAACGGUCGUAUUUGUGUGUUUUUGUUGGUGGAGGGAUUUAAAGACUUGUAACAAAUUUUUCUGUAAUUAUUUUUGUUCAUUGUAGCCUAUAAGUAUACACAGUGUAUAUUUAAAAUUGAUAAAUGCGACAUUUUACAAAAGUGGUGGAAACAGUCAUAUUUCGUAGACCCAAUUAAAAUGUAAUUCUCUACAAACGUUUUUAUCAAUGUAGGCCUAUUAUGUUUAUAGUUGAUUCCGGGAAAAAUAUGCUGUUGUGGAUGAUAAAAAAUACAAAAAUUGAUAGCAUCCAUAAACACAGAUGAAUCUUGGGCUGGGGAUUAUGCAAUGGCUUUUGGGGUGUGAUGCUUUUAAAAAAGAAUCUUAGAAGGCAUUCAUGGACAACAUUGUUUUAUCUCAUGGUUGGUUGAAGUUCUUGUGAUCGCACUUAAAAUUGUAAUUUUAACACAUUUUCACAUCUUUCUCUUUUCACUACUUCGCUCUUUGUACAAAACUCUUUUUCCUUUUUUUCCUUCUUUUUUGAGGGAGUGCAUCGUUGUGAAAAAAAAAUGUUUUAUAACAGUCAAUAGGCUGUUUUAAACAUAUAUGUAUUUUUGUAAUGUGUUGAAAAGAUCAAUACGAGAAAGUCAACAAAUCCAAUAAAUGUUGCAAUUGCCCUAUCA